CGGGAUUUUCGAAGAGCUCACCUCCUCCCUCGGCCCAUUCGAAAUUGGCAUGGGCCGUAGCAGAAGUCGUUCCCGAACCCGCUCGCGCAGCCGAAGCCACGGCCGCCGCCACCGCGGCCGUGACCGUAGCCGUGACCGCAGUCGCGACCGUAGCCGUGACCGCAGCCGCCGCCGUGAUGACGACCGCCGCCGUCCCGCGCCGGAGCCGGCGAGCCUCCUCGUCCGUGGCAUCCCGCAAAACACGACGCCCGAGGAUCUUCGCAAGGCGUUCACGCGCCGCGAGGGCGACAUCCGGGACGCCUACAUCCCGAAGGACCACAUGACGGGCGAGCACCGUGGCUUCGCCUUCAUCGAGUUUGCCGACAUUCGUGAGGCCCGCGAGGUCAAGCACCAGAUGGACCGCACACAGUUUAUGGGUGUUGAAAUCGGCGUCCUUUUCGCCAAGGAGCGCCGCAAGACGCCAGAGCAGAUGCGUCGGCAGGAAGCCAUCGAUGCCCGCGCGCGCGACCGUCGCAGCCGCAGCCCCGAUCGUCGCAACAGCAGCCGCGAUCGCCUUCGUCGCUCGAAAUCGCGCUCGCCGUCGCGGUCGCCGUCUCGUGAAAAAGCGCGUCGCAGCCAAAGCGGCAGCCCUGCCAAGCGCAAGAACUCAUUCGAGUAAUGCGGAUGCACCCACUUCGUACACUACGCAGCAUUGUGUUGUUGGUCGCACCACCUCUCAAACCGUGUGUAGAUGCGCACGCGUCAAGGCUUCGUUAACUUGAUGAUCCAAGAAGAGUGUGUCUUAUCAUGAGUGUUCAAGUCCUUGGGCAUGGACGACGUACGUGCAAGGAAGAUGGUCAAGCGCGAAGCACGCGCAUCAGGAUGCCCAAGGCAAAGGUGCACACGUCAAGCGCAAUUCCGCUGCUUAGUACGUAGACACACAAGCAGCCUCGACGAGUCAUAUUAAGCACCAAUAUCGACCGUAUGCGCUAGCCGCCAAUGAGGAUCAUGGGCCGGUUCUUGGCGCUGGCAAUGCCAUA